GCAGUCUCAACCCCUGUUCUGUUGGUCUCCCGCAGUCAGUCUUCAGUCUUCUCGGAGCUGAAACAUGGCUUCACGGCCGCUGCUCCGCGCCGCGCUGCUCGUCGCCUUCUCGCUGUUCCUGACGAUGGUGCUGGCCUUCGGGCUCCCGGCGGCUCUGGCCUGGCUGGCGCACUGUGCGGGCUUCACGGAGGAGGCCGGGGCCACGCACUGCCUCGCGCUGCUUUACGCGCUCUUCGUGCUGUGCGUGGCCAUGCCCCGGAUCCCUCGCGGCUCGGUUUCGGUUGAGGGGAAGCCAGUGUUCAUCACGGGAUGUGACAGCGGAUUUGGCCAUGCUUUAGCCAAACACCUCCAUAAACUGGGCUUCACCGUAUUUGCCGGAUGCUUCCUGAAGGACCAGGCUGGUGAGGGGGCGAUGGAGCUGGAGAACAUGCACUGUGACAGGCUGAAGGUGGUGCAGCUGGAUGUGUGCAGUGAUGAGCAGGUCUCUAAAGCUGUGGAAUUCAUUAGGGCCAACCUGGAGAACCCAGAGAGAGGUUUGUGGGCCGUGGUGAACAACGCCGGUGUUUCCAUGUUCGGGGAGGUGGAAUUCACCACCAUGGACACGUACAAGCAGGUGUCAGAGGUCAACCUUUGGGGAACCAUUCGAGUGACCAAAGCUGUUCUGCCUCUCAUCCGCAGAGCGAAAGGCCGUGUGGUGAACAUAGCCAGCAUGUACGGGCGGAUGGGAAACGCUCUGCGCUCCCCGUACUGCAUCUCCAAAUACGGUGUGGAGGCCUUCUCCGACUGCCUCCGGUACGAGAUGAAGGCCUGGGGGGUUAAAGUGUCCGUCAUCGAGCCCGGGAACUUCAUCGUGGCGACGGGAAUCCUGACCCGCGACAUCGUGGCCUCUACGGCCGAGAAGCUGUGGAAAGAGGCGCCCCCUAGUGUGCAGGAGGACUACGGAAAGCCCCACUUUGAGCAGUACAUGGCCUUGAUGCGCUCCUAUUGCAAUAGCGGCCAGCGCGACGUCACGCCAGUUUUGGACGACAUCACAGACGCCGUCGUUUCCAGACGGCCGUUCACGCGCUACAACCCCAUGGAGCCGUACUGGUGGAUUCGCAUGCAGGUCAUGAGCCAUCUCCCAGGAGCCAUUUCAGACCGGUUGUAUUUCUAAAGCUGAUUCCUCCCUCGUUCUCUCUCUCUCUCUCUCUCUCUCUCUCUCUGUCUCGCGCUUUAUCUAUCUAUCCACAUGAUGACUGAGGGUUGCUCUCACAUGAUCAUUAUCAAACUUUGCUCACACUCGCAUUCGCAAAACUUUACAUCAUCUUUAACACGCUGUGAAAUUAAAUAACACGUUUUUUUGAUGA